AGUGAAACAAACGGAAAGGAGAAAGGAUUGGAUUAGAACGGAUCAGAAAUAGGCGCGCAGACGCAGUAUGGAAACCUUAUUCCUCCACCACCACCCUCCUAUCAUCUUUUCUUCUGCUUCUUCCUCUCCUUUCUCUAUCCCCACUCUCAACAAACCCAAGCCCAAAUCCGAAAGGAACCAUCUUUCCUUCUCUCUUUAUUCUAAUUACAAACUCAUUAGAAUUUGCAGAGCCCUCCCUGAAAGCGGAACAAGAAGAAGACAACCAUUUUCAAAUGAAGAAAAACAAGAUCAAGAUCUAACCACCACAACUACUGGAAAUUCAAAUUCUGGUGUAAUAAUAUCCUCUUGCGUUGUGGGGGUCCUUACUGGAAUUGCUGUAGUUCUUUUCAAUAACGCUGUUCAUGAAAUUCGCGACUUUUUCUGGGAUGGAAUUCCCUACAGAGGUGCCUCCUGGAUGAGGGAGGAGCCUCUCGAUUCCAUCUGGGUUCGGGUCAUCUUCGUCCCCGCUUGCGGUGGUUUUAUUGUCAGCUUCUUGAACGCCAUUUCAUUUCUUCUGUUCAAUGAAAAUCCUUUCCAGGCUGCCUUCCGUCCCUUCUUUAAGGCCAUGGCUGCUUGUUUCACACUCGGCACGGGAAAUUCCCUUGGCCCUGAAGGUCCCAGUGUUGAGAUUGGCUCUUCCAUUGCCAAAGGAAUUGGUUCUCUCACUCUUUCUUCUCGAGAUGCCCGAACCAAGCUCUCUCUUUUGGCUGCUGGCUCUGCUGCUGGAAUCUCUUCUGGAUUCAAUGCUGCUGUUGCUGGUUGUUUCUUCGCCGUGGAGUCUGUCUUGUGGCCGUCGUCGUUAGAUUCGUCUGCUUCUCUCACAAACACUACUUCCAUGGUUAUACUUAGCGCUGUAAUAGCUUCUGUUGUGUCAGAAGUUGGCCUUGGUUCUGAACCUGCCUUUAAGGUCCCAGAUUAUGAUUUCCGCUCCGUUGGUGAACUUCCGUUGUAUCUGUUGCUCGGUACCCUUUGCGGCUUGGUUUCAUUGGCCCUAUCCAGAUGCACAUCAUUUUUGUUGUUAAUUGUCGACAAUCUUCACAGGGAUGUUGGCAUACCGAGGGCUGUGUUUCCUGUACUGGGUGGCUUAGCAGUUGGGACAAUAGCAUUGGCCUAUCCUGAAAUCCUAUACUGGGGUUUCGAAAAUGUUGACAUUUUACUGGAAUCUCGGCCAUUUGUGAAAGGCCUCUCGGCUGGUCUACUGCUUCAGCUCAUAGGAGUGAAGAUAGUUGCUACCUCUUUGUGCCGGGCUUCUGGAUUAGCGGGGGGUUAUUAUGCCCCAUCCCUUUUUAUUGGUGCAGCAACAGGAAUGGCAUAUGGGAAACUGAUUGGUUUUGCAGUUGCUCAGUCUAGUCCAAUACUUCAACUUUCCAUCUUGGAAGUGGCAUCACCGCAAGCUUAUGGCCUGGUGGGAAUGGCUGCAACACUUGCCGGAGUGUGUCAAGUCCCCCUUACUGCAGUAUUGCUGCUUUUUGAAUUGACGCAAGACUAUCGUAUAGUUCUUCCACUACUAGGAGCUGUAGGGCUGUCUUCAUGGAUUACUUCUGGACAGAGUAGAAGAGAUGUCAAAGAGACCAGAAAAGUCAAUGAAGGAAAUGCUCUUCCAACUCAACAACCUGAAAUAUCUGUCAUACGUGGACUAUCUUCUGGUUAUGUACGUGCGGAAAAAGCUCCUUAUUCAAGCAACCUUUGUGAAAUUGAAAGUUCUCUUUGCGUAGAUGAUUCUAGUAUUGAAAAUGAAGGGUUCAAGAAGAGAAUUUUUGUUUCAGAAGCCAUGAGAACACAAUAUGUAACUGUUUUCAUGAGCACUUUGGUUACUGAAGCACUAAGUCACAUGCUUGCAGAGAAGCAGUCUUGUGCAAUGAUUGUUGAUGAUGACAAUGUUUUAGUUGGUUUGCUGAAUCUUGGGGACAUUGAAGAUUUCAUUAAAACUGCAAAAGCAAAAGCUGAGAGACCCAAGGAGCUUUCAGUAUGUGACAUAUGUUCACAAGAUGUUGAAAAUUGUCAAGUACAAUGUACUGCUAAGCCUAGUAUGGACCUUUUCUCUGUUCAAAUCAUCAUGGAUACGUAUGGUCUGAGUCAGGUUCCAGUCAUUUCAGAGCAUGUUGAAGGACACAAAGGACACCCAGUUGGUCUUCUGGACAGAGAAUGUAUCAACAUAACUUGCAGAGCUAUUGCAACCAGAGAAUCCUUCUCAUAACACUCCAUGCCAUAAAAGCACAGCCACUAAAUGAAGAUGAAGAGUAAGCAUCUGUGUGAAUAUGCAUUGAUAUAUCAGAAAUUGAACUACCUACCUCCGUCAUUGAGUGAUAAACAUAGAUCCAGGGAUCCCAAAUGGGUCAGCAUUUCAAAGUGCUCCUGAAUCCAUCGGCAGGAAAGAGAGAAUUCUAGCUCAAGUGAAGAUUAGUGAUGAUCACGUUGUGCUUUAAGUUGCAGCUGGGCCAAUACAUAUGGGAAACAGGACUGUUCUUUUGUGAAGAGACUAACCCAGGGGACAUAAGUCAACUAUUAAGAGAUGUGGCAGGAUGAUAACUUAUGCACGCAGGGAUAUGAGCUGGACAGUUUUUAAGUCAUAAUUGUAUGCAAAUAAUAUCAGGGAAUCUCGAAAUAUAAUGUCCUUGGUGGCCAGUGUUGGAUUCUUGUUGCUGAAAGGUGAUAGGUAUGGAAAUUGUGUCCACGUUGGGGUAGUUCACAUUAUUUACAGAGAUUUUGCUGUAAAUUCAACUUGGAUUUUUGCUGCACUUCAUGUACCUGUUGUGGUUCGCUCAGCUUGCUUUGUCAACAAUUUAUCGAUGUCCUGGUAUGUCAGUGUGAUGCUGCUUUAGUUCAUGUCAACGGAGCUAGUUCCUGCAUCGCCCUUAACGAAAGGAUGCUGUUAAGAUACCCCGUAUAAAUUGUCCAAGUGAAUGCCAACAGCAGUACACAACAGUUUCUGCACAAGCUCUGAACAGCAAUAAUGGUAAGAAAAGCAUCAUAACACCCUUAACGUGAAAGAUCAAUUAAAGUUCCCUGUGAGAACCUAAAGUUAUUAAAUUAGUUCUUGAGAUUCACUCGAGUUUUCACAAUGUGAAUACAACUUGUUCCUUUAAAUAA